AUGAGUCAUAGUCUCUUCUGCGAAUUGCUCAUCCAACUGCUCAGCCUCUCGCAGAACUGGCCGCUCGCCGAACCCGCCGACUUGGAGGGAGAGAGCCACGACGAGCUGGCCACUUUCGCGCCGGUCAGGAGGGACUUGCCGGUCGAGGAGGCAUCGAGGCCGGUGCCCCUCGGACGCGGCCUCCGCGAGAACCUCGAAUCGGACGAGGCGCUCGAACCGGCUCGAGGCGGACUCGAGUCCCGCGGCCGGGCACCGGCUCGCUCGAGACCCGACAGGUCGAUGCAGUCCCCCACGAGGUGGAACCGAGAGAAACCGAGCCUCCUGGACACGCGGCAUCACCGCAUCGGCAAGCCAGCGACGACGGACGAGGCGCCCUCUCUCGGCACCCUCGGCUCAACCGAGGCCGCCACGAGGCGACGCGAGCUCGAGUCCCCCGCCGAGUCGAGACGCAGGCUUCGUCUACUCUGGAUGCACAUCGCAGGCAUCCUGACCUGUGGACAAGUGCCACACACACUCAGGCCGGUGGUCAUCAAGUGA